AUGCCACGUCCUUCAGUCGAGCACACGGUCCACGUCGCCAACAAGUUGCGCGACAAGACACUGAUAGUGCACUGUCGAUCCAAAGACGACGAUCUCGAGGCCCACGCGGUGGGCCUCGGCGAGAGCUUCCAGUGGAGCUUCGAGCCCAACGCGUUGGGCGGGACGCUCUUCUGGUGCGAUCUCGCGGUCCAAGAUAAGCGUCUUACUUUCGCGGCGUUCGAACAAAUUGGGCUCGAUCAGAGUGGGCCGUACACGGGACACUGGUACGUUCGCGGCGACGGGGUUUAUGGGAAGGACAAGAGCGCCGACGACGUGUUUUUCAAGGCUGCGUGGAGGCGAGUCUGGCCACGCCGGUGA